AUGGUUUCGCCGUCGAUCAGACGGGGCGCGGCUCUGGUGGCGUUUUCCGUGUUCCUGACGCUGAUCCUGGGCUUUGGGCUGCCGGCGGUGCUAAACUUCGCCGCCGUACGCUGCGGCUUUCCCGAAGCCAGUGUGGCCGAGUGCAUCGUUGCAGUCUAUCUGGUCUUCGUGCUGUACGUGGCCAUGCCCUCCGUGCCCCGAGGAUCCGUGAAGAUUGCCGGUAAAGCGGUGCUGAUUACCGGUUGUGACAGAGGAUUUGGAUUCGCUCUGGCCAAACACCUGCACAAGUUGGGAUUUACCGUCUUCGCGGGAUGCCUGCUGAAGGAGAACGGCGGAGACGGCGCUACGGAGCUGGAGAAUAUGCACUCUGACAGGAUGAAGGUGGUGCAGCUGGACGUGUGCAGUGACCACCAGGUGUCCCAGGCCGUGGAGUUCGUGAGAAGCAACCUGGAUGAUCCUGAGAAAGGUCUGUGGGCGGUGGUGAACAAUGCUGGGGUCUCCACCUUUGGAGAGGUGGAGUUCACCAGCAUGGAAACGUACAAGCAGGUCUCAGAGGUGAACCUGUGGGGCACCAUCAGAGUGACCAAGGCCUUCCUACCUCUCAUCCGCAGGGCUGAAGGCAGAGUGGUGAACAUAGCCAGCAUGUUUGGGAGAAUGAGCAACGCCAUGCGCUCACCAUACUGCGUGUCCAAGUACGGAGUAGAGGCGUUCUCCGACUGCCUGCGGUACGAGAUGAAGCGCUGGGGCGUCAAGGUCAUCAUCAUCGAGCCUGGUAACUUCAUCGCCGCCACUGGCAUCCUCACGCGGGACACUGUGGCUGCCACUGCGGACAAGAUGUGGAAGGAGGCGCCUAGCAAAGUCCAGAGCGAUUAUGGGAUGGGCUACUUCGAGCAGCAGGUCGCCAUGGUGCGGUCCUACUGCAGCAGCGGGCAGAGGGAUGUGACGCCAGUCAUGACCAGCAUAGCCGACGCCGUGGUGUCCCGCUACCCCUACACCCGCUAUAACCCCAUGGAGGUGCACUGGUGGAUCCGUAUGCAGAUCAUGACCCACCUCCCGGCAGCCAUUUCCGACAGGCUGUACUUUUGAUCCGGAACAUUCCGGAGGCCUGUCAGUUAGUCUGGUACGAAGUGUCACAUUCACAUGGUUACAAAUACUUGCAAUCAAAUUUUUAUUCAGAUGAACAUCUAUCAUUUUGUCACUUCCAAAAGAUACUGUGUUGAAGAAUUUCUUUAAACUGUGACUUAGCCUUAGAACCGUGCCAGCAUGGUUUGUGUUAAGUGCUUUUACGCUCUCUGUGUCUGCUCUUGGAUACUGUGUCUUUGUGCAUUUUAUUUUUGUUUUGGUGUCAAACAGUGCAGCUCCCCACGGCUGUGCUACUGCUGGUUCCGGAAAACAUGAAAAUGUUCCAUGGUGUUUGGGGGGGGGUGACGGCGAGAGGCUGGCUGAUUCCCCAGCUCUAAUGCUGUCAAGAUAACCCCACAGGCUGGUACUUCACUCCCUGGGGGGGAUUUUUACACCCCCCCCCCUUAAGUGUAAAGUGGGUCAUGUUAAAGCCUACCACGUAUCAGGAUUUUUUAGCACUGUGAAGAUACCCGAAGCUGUUUCAGGAGCUGUCUUGGUUUGAGAUGAUACAUGCAGUGUGGUUUUUAUACAUAUGAACUGUUACCAAAACAUUAAGAUAAUACUUCCAUACCAAUUUUCUUCUGCAGGUUAGACGUAAGCAAUUUAAAAUUUCACUGCAUUCCACAAAGGAAUGGAACAAUGUCUAUUCAGCAAUACUGUGGUACUAAGUGAAGUCAUUCAAUAAAAGUGUUUUUAUGAUCGUCA